UGAACAAAAAUAUAUUCUAAAAUUGAACUCAAUACUUUAAAUAUGUUUGUAGUAAAGCAAUUUUAUAUAAAUUCCAUUUGUGUUGCGCCAAAACGAGUUAUCGCGUUAAAACACAUAUUUAAACGAACAAUUGUGCCACAAAAGGUUUUAAAUCCAAAGACAUUUAAUGAACUUAAAAAGUUGCGGGUGCAUUUCAAGAAUGAGGAACGAAAUGGUGAUGUUGUACCAAUUUUUAAAGAGGCGUUAUUUCAUCACAAUCAAGUUGCGAUUCAAAAUUCCGUUACAGAAUAUACUUAUCAGCAACUUUAUUUAGGGUCGAAAAGAUUAUCUAUUCAGAUAUCGAACAUUUGUGGCAGUGGUGCAUCUUGCAACGUAGCAGUUUUUUGUGAAAGUGACGUCUUGUUGCCGUUAACGCAAUGGGGAUGUUGGAUGUCAGGACAAGUAUUUAUGCCCCUUGUAAGCAAACUUCCCAUAGAAAAACUUAAAUAUAUUAUUCGCGACUCCAACGCAAAAAUUAUAAUUGGUACGGAGUUGAAUGAAAUUAUUGCCAAAAAGCUUGCUGAUAUGUUUGAUAUACCUCUAAUCAUAAUCGAUCAAACAUUUAUACCGAACCAUUGUAACGCGGACCACUUCUUGGAAAAAAUGCUGUUUACAGUGGGCGAUAAAGUUUUUAUUGAAGGCACUUUAAAUAAUGAUUUUUAUUCUUGCUCCGCAGCAAUGUUGGUAUAUAGUAGUGAUGAAAAAAGAAACCCAAAAGGAUGUAUAAUAACACAUAAAAAUUUGCAAUCUCGAAUUAAAAUAAUUUUAGGAGCGUGGAAUUACAAAUCAUCUGACUUUUUACUUAAUCUGUUGCCAGCAGAAUAUACUAACUACAGUGUUCACUCUUUAAUGUGUUUCUUAAGUGUUGGUGCCAAAAUUCAUUUUUAUUGGGGUAAUGAUUAUCUUCAAAUAUGGAAUAUAAUUCUUGGUAAACAUUUUCAUAAUAAGGACCGGCCCAAUAGCUUGACUGCGGUACCUUCAACAUUUUGUAAAAUUAUUCAUGCAUAUAAACAAUUGUUUUCUAAGAAUCCCCGAAUGAGUGAAUAUAUUAAAAACUAUUGCAAACGUAAUUAUCGUAUAAUGGUGUCUGGACCACUGCCUUUGCCAAUUAAUACGUUUUAUUAUUGGAAUAAAAUUACGGGGCAUGAGCUUAUUCGGUAUUAUGAAACACCUGAAACUGGACAUAUCAUGAGUAAUCCACAUUUAGAAGUUAAAGGAAGACAUCGUAUGCAAAGUUCUUUUGCUCAACCAUUACCGCAAAUAACAAUUCGUAUUGUAAAUACUAAAGGUGAAACCAUAUUAUCAGCUACCGCAAGAGAUUUUGAAAAACAUACGGAAAAUAAUAGGUCACAAGCUGUGCUGCACAAUACUAAAUUACGAACUUUGAUUGGCGAGUUGCAAGUGUCUGGCACAAGUAUUUUUAAAAAAUAUAUCCAUCAAGAGGAUACCACAUCUUGUUUUGAAAAAGGCUUCUUUAAAACAGGAAUUGCUGCUGAAUUUAAAGAUUGCGGUUUUAGAUUGUUAGGGCGAAUAGACAGAGGUAUUGUUAAAAAGUCCGGUCGCCUUAUCUCUAGUGACGAAAUCGAAGCUUUAUUACAAACACAUCCAAAUAUAAAGGACGCUGCAGUAAUAAGUGUGCCACAUUCAUUAUGGAACGAUAAAAUUUGUGUCCUGUGCGUUCUUGAAGCUCAUUGUAGUUCAGAUAUAGGACAUAUUAAGUUAUUUUGCGAAAAAUGGCUACCAUCCUAUAUGCAACCUGAUAUAUUUAAAAUUGUUCCUCAUAUCAUUCGCACCUCGGAAGAUAAAAUUGAAAUUAUAUGUUAACGAAGUGUCAUCAAUUCUGCAAUCAAAUUUACGAAGACAGAGUAACUCCAAAUUAUUUCGAUAUAUGUAUAUUAUAAAUAAUAUUGCUAAAAAUAAACUAUUUCUUUUUCGAAA